AUGAAUACCUAAAAACUUCCUCAUUUAUAAUCACCAAAGAGGCCUCAGACAAAAGCAAAAACGAAAUCGAUUGCAAUGAAUUUAUCAAUCAAAGAUUCUUUGUAAGAAAUAUCAACGUUUCGAACUACAACUUAGAGCAGAUCAAACAUAUAAUUACCUCAAACUGAUAGACUCAAAACCUACUCUGAUGUUUCCUAUCUUAAUUUUCGAAAUGCUCCUUAUAAGCAGUCUUCUGUCUCAUCUCCAAAAAUACCUUUAAGCAAUAUUGCUAGAGAUCCAUAAUUAUACGAAUUCGUAAAAUUUAUCGGUUAUAUAUUUAGCAUAGUUAAGCAAACAAAACUAAUAUAUAUACAUCAAUUAUUAAAGACAAUUUUAAAGGAACAUUUAUUGAUAAUCCAACAGAAUUAAAAAUGCACGAGAAAACAAUUGAUUUUUCUCCUUUACUCUAAAACAUUAAGAUACAUUAAUUUAAAUAUUACCUUUAGUCUAUUUUACAAUAGGAGUGCAAAACUAUCUUUGAUACAAAAUGUCCUCCAAAUAGAUAGUAAGCUAUUGAUCUAUUAAUGUGGUUUGAUAAAAUGAUUUAAACUUUAAACACUGAUAAUUUGAGAUUAAUAACUGAUUUAACUAAUUAAUUGUAAUUAGUUUAUUAAACUUGCAUGCAUGAAUUAGCUAGACAAAUAUCAUAUGAAUGUAAAGAAAGAGGAACUUUAUUAUUAAUUAUUUGGAAUUCAUUUGUAUCUUUUAUAGAAAUGCUUAUUUCAAAUGUUGCAAUGAAUUUCGAAGAAAUGGAAAAUUAAUCAAUUGAAACUAUUUCCAGGAUUUAAAAAACUCAUCAAACAUUUGUUUCAUAAUUAUAAUAAGAAAUCUUUUAGUUAAAAUAAUAAAUGGCUUAAUUAGAAUUAGAAAAAUAAGAGUUAAAUGAUAAAAAUAUAUAUUUAGCAAAAAAAAAUCUUCAAUUAACAAAUGAAAUCAAAUUAUUAGGUUCUUAAUUAGAUGAAAUGACUGAUAAUCAUAAUAAAGUUUAUAACGAAUUAAUUUAAACUAAAUUAUAAAUAGAAACUUAAUCUUCUUAAUAAACUUAAACUACAUAAAAAAUUAAAAUAGGAAUUCAAGAAGGUCAAUCAGUUGUAGCACAUCUAUUAUCAAUGAAAAAUACAAUGUUUUCUAAAUUAAAAAAAUAAACUUCUAUUUAAUUUGAAAAAGUUGAAUAAUUGAAGGAAGAUGAAGAAUAUUUUAAGUAAGGCUUAUCAAAAACUGAUAUAGACUAAUUGAAUUCAACAUUUUAAUAUUAAAAUACGUUAAAAUUAUAAUCAAAAGCAUUACUUCCAAUUAAUAUUGAAGACAGUAUAAUAUUUUAAUUAUCUUAGAGGCUGUUUAAACUGAUUAAUCUUUUUCUUUUUUAUUUGAUCAUAUUGAGGAUUUAUUUAAUCAAAGAUAAACUGGUUCAUAUCCAAAUAUGUAAUAUUUUUUAUGAAUUUUAGUUAGAUUUCAAAAAAUGAGAUUAUGUAGAAUUAUAAAGAUUAAUUAAUCUAAUUGCUAUAAUUUUGUAAUAAUAAUUAGUUAGAGUCAGAUGUAGAGAUAAAAAAGAAAUUCAUUGAAUAAAUGUUAGAAAUAUAAGAAUAAAAAGUUAAUGCAAAAUAUUAUGAGUAAACUUUAUAAGAAGCUACUUAAGAAUUUAUUGAGCUUCUUAAAAGAAAAAAAUAGAAAAUUAAAAAACUUAAAAAAAGUCAAACAUAUUUACAAAAUCGUCUUAAUUCAAGUAAAUUAUAUAGUUUAUUUUUCAAGUGCAAAGUGAAAGCAGUCCUCCUAAACAAGAUUUUCCAUAAGUUUUAGUAAAUUCGCCUGGUGUAAAAACUCCUUCAUUUAGAAAUUCUUUAGUUUUUAAUUAAUAGGAUGCUUUAUAAGAAGAUAUUAUUGAAAGUGAUGAAAAAAGUGAAGAUGAUUCAAUAAAACAAAAUAUAAAUUAAUAAAGUAAAUAAAUAAAAAAAGAACCAAUUUUGGAUUAAGAAAAUUCAAACAAUGCAAGUCAAAAUAUUAUUGACUUGGAGAUUGAAGCAAUUUAGGAUAACUAAAUUUUAGAAGAAAAUCAAAUUAAUAAAGAUUUAUAAGAUAAUCAAAAUUAGGAAAAUAUCAUUUAAAAUUUUGAAAUUGAAAAUAUAGAAAAAAAUCAAUCAGAAGAUUUAAAUAUGAAGAAUUCUAUCAAUAAGAAUAUUUUAAACAAUAGUGUAAACAGAAAAAACAGUAGAAGUAGUUAAAGCAAAUAAAGCAUAGAAGACUAGGAAUAGUAAAAUUAAAGAUAAAAAAAUUUAUCACCAAUAAAAAGUUAGCUUAAUAGAAAAUCUUUGUAAAUAAAAAGCUUAUCAACAAUCAAAGAUAUGGAUGAUGAACCUAAACAAUAAUAAAUAAAAAGAAAACAUUCUAAAGUUGUUAAAUAAAUGUAAUAAAAAUCUAAUAAUACUAUAAAUAUUCUUGAUUAAUCUAGUGAAGCUAAUGAUAGUGAAAAUUUAUCAUUAGUUUCUAGUGAUGAUUUGUCUGAGAAAACAAAAGAAGAGGAUAUAAAAAAAAUUGAAAAAAUAAGGAAUUUAGUAUAAUAAUAUGGUGGUGCCAAUAUUUAAAAAAGAAGAUUUACAAAACCAGUAGCAAUUAAAUUAUCAUUAUUAUCUGAUUUGAAAAAAGAAAGAAGAGUCAAAAGAAUUUAUAGUCAAAAUACAGAUGCAGCAAAUUCAUUGUUACAUGAAGUAAUGAAUAUCAAACUCAAAAAAUAAAAAGAUUCAAUAAUACCAAUUUCAUCUAUUAUUAAAAUUUUUAAUACUAUCAUAUCUGAUACAGCUAAAAAUUAAGAAGGAUAUAAAAUUCCAUUACAUGUUAGUAUUUAUGAUUUCUUUUUAAAAAAAUAUGGUUUUAAAAAUGUGGCUGAAAAGAAAAUUAAAUAAGUAAUUAUAAUUAAUGAUUGAUUUAAGUUACUUUAGUUUAUUUUUCAUAAGAAAAACUAAUAUCCUAAAUUGUGCUUGAUUUCAAGAUUGUGUUACAUGGAUGAUGAAAUGGAUGAAGCUGUCUAUAAAUUAAUUGUAGAGUCGAUUAAGUAUUUUCAUAAUAAGUAAGUAUCUAAAUAAUUUAGAGAAAUACAAUUAAAUAAACCUGAAAUUAAUCUAACACAUGAAUAACUAACUGAAUAUUGUAACGACUUCUUAUAAUAGCUCCUUGGUUAAAGCUAUAUUACUUAACUGUUGCAAUAAUUGAAACAAAAUAAUAAUAAAUGUAAUUUUAUAUAAUUUAUCAGACAUCAUAUUUGAAAAUGUUAUGAUCUAAGUAAUGAACUUAUAUUUUUAAAAAAAAAGAUAGUGUGAAGAUAGUUUGAAAUUAAUAUUUCAAGCUGCUGAUUUAGAUGGUAAUAAUCUUAUUGAAUUCUCAGAAGUAUUAUUAUUAUAUAUUAUAUUAGUUCAAAAAUUUGUACAAAGCUAUUCAUCAUAAUAUUUAUGAUAAAAAUGUAGUUUUAGAAUAAUUUAUUAGUUAUGCUGAUUAUAUAGAAGAAUUAUCUAAAAAUAAAAUGAUAACUCUUCCUAGAUUUGCAGAAAUGGCUAUUGAACUUAAUUUAUUUUCUAAGGAAUAAAUUAAUUAAUAUAGUAGAGGAUUUGAAACUUUAUUACAAGAAUGGGAAGAACAAAAAAAUUUUAUUAAAUUUAGAUAUUUAAAGGCUGAAAAAUUUCCAAAAGUUAAAUUCACUUUUAACUUAUUAACAGAAUAAAUAAAUUUACUUAAAAAUAAAUAAAAAACAACUCAUGAUCCUUAAAGUAAUUAUUAAUUAAUCUUAGCAUUAUGGGUGAGCUACAAAUUAUUGCAAGAGAAAUCAUAAAGAGUUGUUUUAAAGUAUUAUUUUUUAUAUAUUUAGUCAUGAGGCAAGAGAAUGCUUCUUUGAUUUAGUUCCGCAUGAAAUUUGGAUAAUACAACAAGGAUAUAGAGCUAUAGAAGAACUAUGUAUAUGA